AUGGAUGAUGAUUUCACACCCGGUGCCGAUCCUGAAGAGAUCAAGCAGUUUCUUCAUGGAAUUGGUUUGAUUCCACUUGAUGAAUAUUAUGUACAAUUGAGACAAAUGUUGAAACGUCAGCGAAAGUCUUCGAAAAUGACCAAUGAACAAAUCCAAAUAAAAUUAAUCGAAAAUGGAAUAUUUAAAGAUGACCUGUCGAGAAAUCCACCGUUAUUAUGCCCUCGAAAGCGAACGUCUUUCUCUCCGGUUAUCACUCGUAAACGAGGUAAAGCAAUAAAAAAGCGAACGCCAUCAGCUACACAAGCAGUCAACCCUCCCGUAGUUGUCCUUUCCGUUCCAACAUGUACCGUUUCGUCAACGGACGAAAAAUCCAAUGAUGCUGACUCGAUUGAUUACGAUCAACCGUUAGAUCUACGCUUACGUCCGUAUCUAGCUAAUAAGUCUUCCUAA